AGUUGGCAAACAAAGACCAAUUCGAUUAACUGAACUGAAUUUCUGCACCGGGAAAGGAAGUUAUAAGUAUGCGUUUGGUACUGGUUGUGAUCUAUCUGAUACUGAUAAUGCCCAUCACCGGCCUGUGGAGAGCCGAAGGUAGCAAUGUGCUGCUCGAUCCGGAUCGGGUCUGCGAAAGCAAGCACCGGAAGUCGCGACGGCUUUCGGGAAAGUUGGCCGACAUCUGCAAGAACGACACAUCGCUGAUGCGCGAGAUUCACCGCGGAAUCAGCCUCGGUUUUCGGGAAUGCGAGAACCAAUUCCGGCACAACAUGUGGAACUGUUCCUGGACCAUCAAACGCAGCAUGCGCCGCAUUUUGGCCAAAGAUACGCGCGAAACAGCGUUCGUGCACGCGAUCACCGCCGCCGGCAUUACGUACGCGGUAACGAAGGCCUGCACGAUGGGCGACUUGCUCGAAUGUUCCUGCCAGAAGCACUCGAAAUCAAAGCCGGCCGAGGACGGGCGUCGCGGUGGACGCGGGGGCGGCUUCAGACCAGCCGGUGGGAACCGUCGCCGUGUCGGCAACCGGGCCAACCAGAACCUGGGCACCCCGAUUGCGCCCUAUCAGCAAAAUGUCAAUGCGAAUCCAGCCUACAGCACACUGACAGCGGCCGAGAUUGCGCGAAAUGGUCGCGUACCGGGAUCGGUUCGCCGACCGCACGGACGUGCCCAGCGCCAUUCACCCAAGGGUGUGAACGCGGCGGGCGGAAUGGCGGUUGGUGGGAUGACGGGGAUCGCUCCUACGGCGGGCCUGCCGAAGGAACUUCCCACGAUACUCACCGUCCAGGAGGACAAAUGGAAGUGGGGCGGUUGCGAUGAUAAUGUGAAUUUUGGGGUCCGAAAAUCGAAAGACUUCUUGGACGCACGGUUGCGCAAGAAGAGUGACAUUAAGACGCUCGUACGGCUCCACAACAAUGACGCGGGACGAUUGGCCGUCAAGCAGUUUAUGCGCAUGGAGUGUAAAUGUCACGGGCUGUCCGGAUCGUGCACGACCAAGACCUGCUGGAUGAAGUUGCCACCGUUCUCGGAGGUGGGCGCCCGGCUGAAGGAACACUUUGACGGUGCGACAAAGGUGAUCGCACGGAACGAUGGGCACAGCUUCAUGCCGGACGAUGCGACGAUCAAGCUGCCGACCAAGCGCGACCUGGUGUACACCGAAGAUUCGGACGACUUUUGCGAACCGAACGCCAAAACGGGCUCGCUCGGGACGCACGGGCGCGAGUGUAACAUCACGUCGAGCGGGGUGGAUGGGUGUAGCCUAAUGUGCUGCAAGCGCGGCCAGUCCCAUAGCCAGGUGGAGGUGAAGCGGAAUUGUAACUGCAGCUUCAAAUGGUGCUGUGAGGUUACGUGCAGCACCUGCAUCGACAUCCAGGAUGUGUACACCUGCAAAUGA